AUGGUGACGGGAACCAGCAGUGGGAGCCCUCGCGGUAGCCCACAUCUCGAGCAAGCCGAAGCAUCCACCCUGCCAAUCGCAAAGAGCCCCAGCCCUGAGCAGACGCCUGCCGCGACAUCCGGUGCUGAAGCGACUGCGACGACAACAUUGACCGAACCGGCCGUCCCCACUCACGAAGAGUCUUUAGAAGCCGGCGGGACGGAUGAGGAAAACGAGUUCGAGCCGAGUGUCUUCGAUGCGGAAUCUGUUAGCGACCGAACGGAUUCAACGUCGCUCAAUUCGAGCGUCUACGAACACAGCUUCAAGAACGGAAGACGUUACCAUAAAUUUCGACAUGGACGAUACCCAAUACCCAACGACGAGACCGAGCAGAAUAGAGAGGACAUGCUGCAUGCCAUGAUGUUGGAGGUCACGGACGGGAAGCUCUUCUUUGCGCCGAUUGGAGAUAGUCCGCAAAAAGUGAUUGAUUUAGGCACAGGCACAGGGAUUUGGGCCAUUGAGAUGGGCGACAGAUACCCAAGUGCCGAGAUCCUCGGGCUCGACUUGAGUCCCAUUCAGCCUGUCUGGGUACCGCCAAACGUCAGAUUCAUGGUAGAUGACGUGGAAGAUACCUGGCUGAACGGCAGAGACUUCGACUUUGUGCAUUUGCGCAACAUGGUUCCUGUUUUGAAGUCCCCAGUGGACCUCCUCAAGAAUGCAUAUCAACAUAUGAAGCCAGGUGCAUGGGUAGAGCUGCAAGACGUUGAUGGCCAGGUCCACUGUGAUGACGGCACCUUGCCGGACGACUGGCCCCUGGUCCGCUUCACGAACCAUGUCCUCGAGGCAUUCGCCAAAUUCGGCACAAACUCCCAUGCAGCGAUAUUCGGACGUCAAUAUCUUGAACAGGCUGGUUUCGUCAAUAUUCAGCAUCAUACUGUCAAGUUACCUUAUGGAACUUGGCCCAAGGAUAAAACGAUGCGUCUUGUUGGUAUGUACUACCGCACGGCUUGCGAGGAAUUCUUUCCAGCGGUUGGCGCGAUCCAUUUUGAGUUGUUGGGGUGGAGCAAGCUGGAGAUGGAGGUCCUUUUUGCGCAGUGCCGUAACGCGAUGAGAGAUCCCCAUGUCCAUGCCUAUGGCAAGAUGCACUUCUGGAGUGGGCAGAAACCAUUAUGA